UUACAGAGAGGAGUGUAGGGUAACACUGCUCAGGACAACAAGGUAAUGUUGUCGAUUAAUGUCUUGUGAGACGGAUAUAAUGGUCCACGAGGAAGUGAUAAAUGCUAAGAGGGUUUAUAACGUUUUAAUGACGCAAUCGUAAAGGCCGUUUCUUAUGAAGAUGUCAGGGUAAACGCCUCAGCUCAUCUGCUUCUUGGAUUCCUUAUUAUUACACCCUGAGGUGAAUCAGUGUAACUCCUUCCAAAAUGAGCCGGGAUGCUCCUAUCCACAGCUGGCCUGGCUCCUAUUACAUCAACACUGAGAAGCGGUGGGAAAUUGGCACCCUGUCCCUCACCAGGACCAUGGUGCGCUUUGUCUCUAACCAGAGUAAGGAGAGUCUUACCAGCUUUCGCCUUUCCAGGAUCAUGGAUAUCAAGAUGGAGUCAUCCAGUUUCAUCUUCAGCACUCUCACAGUGCUUGAAGAGGGCAAUGUGAAACACUGGUUUGGUUCCCUUAAGCCUAACAGGGUGGUGGUUUAUAACGUGUUAGAGCAUUUUUGGAGGGAACGCCUCCUGUCCCCUGGCUCAGAGCCACGGGGGGCCGAAUGCAAACCCUCUAAAGGCAGUGAGCUGAUCAGCCUGGUGGCGGGGGCCCAGAAAAGAUUGGAGGACACCGGCAAAGUCCUCAGCCACCAAGGAGAGCAGUUUGACAAUGCAAUGCAGGGACUGGAGAAGAUUGACUCAGAUCUGGGCGUGGCUGAUAAACUUUUGUCAGAGCUGGAAUCUCCCCCCUGGUGGCCUUUUGGUAAACUCCCCUGGAAAACUCAGCAGGAAGCUAAGGCGGAGGACGCUGCAAGAGCUGCGGCCCGUUCAGCAGCUGGUAAAGGCUCUGGUAGAAAUAAGGUAAUCGCAAGCAUCCCAGCUAUAGUGACCAAAGGAGGGGACUCGGACUUAAAACCUGGAUGCUUGUUGGUGCUGGUGUCCUCACUGGAGGUGCUAGACACAAACUGCCAACUCAUUCACCGCUUUGAAAGAAAUGACAUUGACGAAGUUAGAGUGCACAGUCCGUAUGAGAUCACUGUAAGACAGCGGUUCAUUGGGAAGCCGGAUAUAUGCUACAGGUUCCUGUCUGCCAAGAUGCCGGAGGCAAUGUCUGUGUUAGAGAUUCAAUACAGAAAAAAAGUGGAGUUCACUAGUGAAUACACUGCUUUCAGAGCAACUCCAGUUUCAUCUCCGUGUGACACAGAGGGGCAAACCUGGAAUGAAGGUCUGCUACAGAGGUGCCAAGACACGGAGCUCCCACUAGAGGUCCCAGCAGGAGCGCUGUCCCAGCUGCAGGUGCACAUCCUCCAGCCAUCUGUCAGUCAGUCUGAGGCCCAGGAACUGAAACAGAUGCUGAUGCAGCUGAAGAACCUUGCCCUGGAGGCAGAGACAGAGCUGGAGCGGCAGGAUGAUGUUCUGAACGACCUGACCAGCUCCACUGACCGAGCCACCAUGAACGUAGAGAAGCACACCUGCCGCAUGAAAAAACUGCUGUAGCUGUGACAGCGUCCCCAUGCCCCCCUUAGGGAUGCACAGCAAGCUUCCUAAUCGUCUUCAUGAGGUUGGUACAACGUUGGACCAGCAGCAUACAGCAGUUGGGACAUGCAUACUCAAGAUACUUGACAGCAUUUUUGUUGCAUAUUAUUACAUAAUCACACGGAUUUAAGCGUACAGAGUUUACGGAACGUACAGGAACUUGACACUAAACACAUUUACCAAAAUCCCUGAUAUUUGCCUUUUAGAUUAUGAGUUUUUCAGCUUACUAAGCAUUUCAUUUGUCAUUACUUUGUGGAGUCGCCAUUUGUAAAACAAUUGCCUAAAGUAAAAGCGGCACCCAAUUUCCCAUCCAGCACUAUGUUAGGUGAUGCUGAUGAUUUGGCUCUGCCUAUUUAACCUAUUGGUUUUGGAACCUGAGUUGUAUAUUGGUAAAUAGCUUGCAUCUAAUGCCUUCGGAAAGCGAAAUAUAACAAGCCUUAUUUUUAUCUUUGAACAAACACAUUUGUUUUAUUUAAGUUGGGCGGACAUAUUCCCCACUAAAUAACGUGUAAGCAAUAGAAUGACGGUUAAAGCUUUCCUGUUGCAUCACAGUAAUAUCCUUGUUACUGAUGAUGGAGUGCCAUUCUUUCUUUUUAUAACCUUUGCUUUCACAUUAUUGUCCUGCUGUAUCUGUGUCACUUGUCUUCUCCAGACAUUGUCUCUGUGCUGCUUUAUGUUGCAUGUCUUAAUAUUGCUGCGUUGUAUUGCAUCGAGAGAAAGGGUCCCAAGAUAUAGCCGAAGACUGUAAACGUGCAACUUGUUCUGGGAAUCUUGAAACCAGAACGGAAAAAACGUCCAUGAUUUGUUUUUAAAUAACGUAAACUAAAUACUCCAUAUUUAGCUCACAAUCUACUGUAUAUCUUGUGAACAAUUGACAAUUUAAUUCUGUAUAAUCUGUAAAUGACAGAUGCAUGUAUUGUGAUUUUAUUGUGUUCUAUUAUUACUGUCAACUUGUAAUUAGCUGAAAGUUAUACUUUAAAUUAUUUUUAAAAUAAUCAUUUCGGAGCUGUAAAUAAGCUUCUUUUGCUGAUGAUACUAAACUUAUCCUGACAUUGGAUAGAAAUAAACGAUCAGCUAUAAAUAUAAAGGGAAAAGUACACCUGCAUCUGUUUAAAGCAAACAAAUGGAAUAAAUGAAGCAACACUUGCAUUUUAGAUAUUGGAAUUAUUUAAUUAUUUAAUUCAUCUGAAAAGUAUCACAAUUGUAGGCCUGUCAUAGCAUGAUCUGAAAUAAAAGUAAGUCUCCAACUAUCAAAAGUAAAA